AGAGUGCAGAGAGCUGAAUCAGUAACCGUCGCUGCACCACAGUCUCUCAGCAUGUCUGAAACACAGCGAGGUGUAGUGUAUCUGAUCACCGGAGGUUGCGGCUUCCUCGGCAGGCACAUGCUGAGGGUUUUACUGGAGAACGAGGACAAAGUGGAGGAGGUCCGGGUGUUUGACAAACACGUAGACACGAGUUUAAGUGGACUGAGCAAAGAGGCGACAAAGGUGGUGGUCAUUCAGGGGGAUAUCACAGACUACAGCAGCGUGUUGGAGGCCUCCCGUGGGGCUGAUGUCGUCAUCCACACGGCCAGCUUAGUGGACGUUUGGCACAGAAUCCCAGAAACCGUCAUCUACUCAGUCAACGUCACGGGAACGGAAAAUGUGAUCAAUGCCUGUGUGGAGUGCGGUAUCCAGUGCCUGGUAUACACCAGCAGCAUGGAAGUGAUUGGUCCCAAUGUCAACGGAGACGCCUUUCUCAGGGGCAACGAAGACACACCUUACGACGUGAAACACACUAUGGCCUACCCCAAGAGCAAGGCAAAGGCAGAGAAAAUUGUCCUUGAAGCCAAUGGCACAGAGUUGAAAGGUGGAAAGUGUUUGUACACAUGCUCUCUAAGGCCGACGGGGAUCUACGGUGAGGGGCACGAGCUGAUUAAGGACUUCUACAAACAGGGCGUUGAAAGGGGAGGCGUAAUUAUCGGGGGCGUCCCAGAAAACACUGAACAUGGGCGAGUCUAUGCAGGCAACGUGGCCUGGAUGCAUGUGCUUGCAGCACGAGCUCUGAGGGAGCGCCCGCAGACGGUCGGAGGGGAAGCUUUCUUCUGCUAUGAUGACUCACCCUAUAAGAGCUACGAGGAUUUCAACAUGCAGUUCCUGUCCACAUUUAACUUUCGAAGGGUCCGCAUGCCCUUACUGGUGCUCUGGUUCCUGGCCAUGGCGAAUGACCUACUCCGCUGGAUACUGAGCCCCAUAUAUAACUACACACCGUUGCUAAACCGUUACACCUUGGCCGUGGCUUGUACCUCCUUCACGGUGGGCACAGACAAAGCCCAACGUUACUUCCAGUACCGCCCCUUGUAUGACUGGAAUCAAUGUCGAGCCCGCACGCAGAAAUGGGUUGACACAUUCCCAGUAGAAAAGCCCAAAGACUCCUAAUGUGACCUCAAGUAUGGUAAUACACAUCAGAAGCUGCUAUGUAGACUCGGAAGACACAAGCUUUAUAUGAAAAAAAGGAGUAACAUGUUAUUAGUUAACAGUAUAAAAGUGUUUUAAUAAACAAUUAAUUAUUCAAUUGCAGCACUUUUUUGCUCUCUAAAGCAGGUGGCUAAGGGGUGCCUUGUACCACUAAUUGACAAAGUAUUUAUCGUAUAAUCUUGUUGAAAUGUAGUUGAAUUUCAAUUGUCUCAGACCUGCACAUAAUUUAGGAUCAGUCAUAAGUUAAGCCUAUAAUGACAAUUAUUAUUAUUGUAUAGAACUUUUCAACACAGAAGUUCCCAAGAGAACCAUGAAAUGGUCUGAACAAAGAGACGUUAAAUGGUGUAAUGAGGGGAAGAGGCAAUAUCAAACAUGGAAUUGUCACUAUGAAAAGGUGCUUUUUUAAAAUAGGGUUUCAGAAGUCUUAUUUUGAAAUAUGACACUGGUUCUGUCUGUAUUGGCUUCAUUCCAAAUGCACUGGGUACUGACUUAAAAAGUCUGUUAUUACUGCAUUUGUUAUGUAUGAGUAAUACGUCUACAACAGCAUAGCAUUUAUAGCUUAGUUAUAAAUAAAACACAAUGAAAUUAUUUGUUCAGAUAAAGCACAGACUUUAACAGCCUUGUUAAAGAAUGUAUUCAGUAUUGUAUUCCAUUGGGAGUCCUUUGUUGUUUUGUUGGUACAACCACCAAAGAAUUGUGCCUCUUGUUAAGACAGUCCUGUAGAAUUUACAUAUUAUAUAUUUAUAAAUUAUGACCAAUGUAAACACAAUUUACAAGCAGUAUAUUGACUUUAGACCUUUAUUUUAUGAAUGUAUAUUAUUGAUAGCAGUGUUUUAUGCUGCAUAAUUUAAAAAGAGUUAAAUGCCUUUUAUGAGAUUACUGAAUCUUUUAUGAGGUUCAGAAACAUAUCCUGUUUAAUUUUCUUAAUUUUUUGUAAUUUUAAGAUUUAUCAUAUUCUCCUUUGUUGUGUGUUUUGUAUUUGAUUCACAUUACAGGAUGACAGUGCAUAUCCCUGUUUUUCUUUCAUUUACAUCUUUUAUUAUGAUCAUAAUGUGCAGUAUAUGUCAUAAUGAAAGUCUGUGCUGACUUGAAACAUGACUCAUAACCCUAAAUCACAUUUUGGUUUUCAGUUUUUUUUUAUGCACGUGUUUUAGUAUUUCCACUUGGUGAUUGGUAGUUAUUCACCUCUAGAUUUCCAUGGAGAUGAUGAAUGUUGUUUAUCCACAAUACUAAGGGCUGUGCCACUCUCUGUAGUCUUGUGGAAACUUGUCCUCAGACUCCAUAACAACCAGUUGGCUCUGCAUUGCUUUGCAUGAGUAAGAUGAAGUAUAUGGGAGGUCCCUUACAAAAUAACUUGACAUUACUCCAGCCUGCUGGGGUAUCCCCAUUUCUGUGGUUUUCCAUGGUGAUCCUCAUAACAUUUACAUGCCUGCUAGUAUGAAAAUGAAAGUCUCUCAAACAAAACCUCUAAUUCUCUCAGCAAACAAAACAAAACAAUCUGAAACUGUGGACUUUUGUUACAGUGAAAAUAUUACUGAUUAGGCUGCUAACAUAGUUUUACAGCAUAGUAUUGUCGAACACUACAUAAUACGAUAGAUUAGAUAUGUUUGGUCUGACUCACUAUAUGAUAUAACAGAUGUGAGAAUGCAGGGCUCAGUGUGUAUCUAAUGGAAGGUGUGUGUGUGUGCUGUACACCAGAGGAGUGAGGUAAUUUUGGCCAGUUCUCACUGGGGGACACACCUUUAAAGACCUGUUUGAGGUUAGAGUUAGGCUAAGGCUUGAGGUUAAAAGUGUAGUUGUGAUGGUUCGAGAGGUUAGAGAAUGCAUUAUAAUGUCGUCACAACGAUAUGAGUGCAAAAGUGUGCGUGUUUGGUUGUUUGUGUGCGGGUGUGGAUCUGUUAAACAGAUGUGUUUUGGUGGAUCACCACAUCCCUCAGAAAUGUCUAUAAAACGCUUGUAAUUAAAGAGGAUUGUGCCAUCUACUGGUGCAA